AUGUCUUCACAAAGCUUCAUAGGUGAAGAGGUCGAAACUGAAAUAGUGUUUGAAGCAGAAGUUGAGGUGAGCUCUGAGGAGCCUCCAAUGGAAGAAUGGUCUUCAUACAUCCUCGAACUCCCCGAAGAAAACGUGAAGAAGCUUUUGGCUGAAAAAGGGCUUUACCACGCGGGUAGUGGGGAGAUAUGUGGCAAAUACAUUGGUAUGUCAGACAGUGCUAUUUUUAGACAUCUAUAUUACAACUACCCAGCUGUAGUAGAUCCAGGUAUAACAAGAGCGCUGUUCAGACCAGAAGACCCAAUUAUAUACCCUGAUGAUGGCCAAGAAUUGUAUCUAGCGGUGUGUAAAGAAAUGAAUCAGUCUCCGGUAAAGAUCUUUUCGAAGGGCUUAAUGGAAGAAGUCAUUGAUUUAAAAUACUACUGUGUAAAUUCAGCGGGUGUGCGCCCUAUGUCAAUGGCCUUGACUUUUAACAGAAACGUAAGAGUUCUAAACCUUGCUGAUAACUUCUUAAGCAUAGACGCUUGCUAUCAUUUAGGCCAGAUGCUGGCCAAAAAUACCCAUUUGGAAGAAUUGAAUAUAUCAGGUUGUCGAAUUGGACCUGUAGGGGCUAAAAGACUCUUUGCUGGAUUAGCAACGAAUAAGACUCUUAAAAUAUUGAAUUUGAAUAGGAAUCAACUGACUGAUGCAGGGAUGGAAAACCUUGCAACUGUUGUUUUUAAGGGAAUUAAUGUACAAAAAAUAUACUUAAGCUAUAAUAACAUUGGUGGAAAAGGUGCCGGGGUAUUGGCUGAAGCGAUAGAAACAUACAACAGAUUUACUCACGUAGACUUAUCCUGGAAUAAUCUUUACACUCCUCUCGGCACGUUCAAUUUACUAAGUAGAUUCUCUGAAAAUAAAGUACUGCAAGAACUGAACUUGUCUUGGAAUACAUUAUCCGGAGCUCGCCUCGGAACUGCUGUGAAAAAUGCGCUCAGUGCUCCCAAUCUUCGACAUCUGAAUCUCAGUAACAACAGGCUGAAUGGGGAAGCGAUCACGAAUAUAAUUGGGGGCUUAAAUAAAGCAAAAAAGUUAGUGACCCUCGACUUAUCGUACAAUCCAAUGACACCAGGUGACGCUUUGCAAAUACUGCUGAAAGUAAAGGCUCCAAAUAUUAAAGUACAGAAAAUUCUUAUGGAGAAUGUGUUCGUCACCGGUGAGUUUUUACUGUAUCUAAGUGCAAUAAAGGAAACCAAAUCAAAGAAGAACCUUGUUGUCACAUAUGGUGGAGUUAUUGGUGCGUUCAAAGGAAAAGGACCAGACCCGAGAGAGUUGAUAUUGGACAGGGCGGAAUUUUUAGCCAAGAAGCCUAAGAAACGGCCUGUUGAUGUAGCUUUGGUGGCUAUGCAGCUGCUCAAAGACAAAAAUGAAAUCAUGCAGUCCAAGGAUUUCACGUCUGCAAUGCAAGCCUCAGGUGCACCGCUGGACAAUGAUCUGCUCGAUGAAAUGGCUAAUAUAUUCGCUGGUCCUCGUUCUGCUAAAGCUAAAACGAUUGAUGUAAGGCUGCUAGUCGAUUACAUGAAAAGAAAAUGGCCUGAUAGAAAACUACCACCAACUCCUCCACCUGAACCCGAACCCAUUCCAGAACCUGUUCCUGAACCUAAGGCUGAAAAGGGAAAAGGCAAAGGCAAAAAGAAGUGAAGCUUAUUUUCAGAGAUAUUUAUUUUAGUACAAUUAUUUUUUAAGGCGGUAUUA